GAAAAUGGGGGACCCCUGCCCCCCCCCAGGCCCAACUACUGGAGCUUCGGACCCAGAACUACCAGCUGUCAGACGAGCUGCGGAAAAAUGGCGUUGAGCUCACUUCCCUCCGGCAGAGAGUUGUGUUCCUGGAUAAGGAGUUGGCCCGAGCCCAGAAGGCCCUGAGCAAGAGCAAGAAAGCCCAGGAAGUGGAAGGCCUGCUAAAUGAGAACCAGAUGCUUCAGGGGAAACUUCACAGUCAGGAAGAUGACUUUCGGCUGCAGAACAGCACUCUUCUUCAAGAGCUCAGCAAGCUUUGUGCCCAGAUUGAGCAGUUGGAACAAGAGAAUCAACAACUUAAGGAGUGCUCCCUGGGCCCAGGGCCUCCAAACCCAGCCAGCAGCCCAGUGGAGGGGGAGCUUCUGCGCCUGCAGGCAGAGAACACAGCCCUCCAGAGAAACGUUACAGCCCUACAGGAACGCUAUGAGAAAGAACAGACGGGUUCCCCACCUCAGCCAGAAACUGCUGGAGAGGAUGAGUCAAGGGGCUGUGGGGACCCUCCAGGGGGCCCAGUGGCCCCGCCCCCGUUGGCAGAGACUGAACUGAAGUGGGAGGUGGAGAAGGAGGAGAAGCGGCUACUUCGAGAGCGUCUGCAGGGGCUCGAGAGCUCGAAGCAGGCCGAGACAGCAAAGCUACAGGAGGAGGUAGCCAAGCUGUCGGAGAAGCUUAAGAAGAAACAGGAGAGCUUCUUACGGCUGCAGACGGAGAAGGAGGCUUUAUACAAUGACAGCAGGAACAAAAUAGAAGAACUCCGUCAGCACCAAGAGGCAGAUCUCAAAGCACAGCUCUUGCGAACUCAGAAGCUGCAGCAGGAGCUUCAGGCUGCCAACCAGAGCCUUGCUGAGCUGAGAGAACAAUGUCAAACUGAGCGCCAGGACCAUGCCAGUGCCCUGCGGACCCUACAGGACCAGGCAGCCUGCCAGAGUGCAGACUCUCAAGAGCAGGUGCAGGCACUUUUGGCAGAGAAUGAUGCCCUGCGGACCAACCUGGCUGCCCUGGAGCAGAUCCAGACAGCCAAGACCCAGGAGCUGUGUGCCUUGCGGGAACAGACUGCUGGCCUAGUCACUGAGCUGCAGCAGCGCCAGGCAGAGUUGGAGGCCCUGGCAGGCCAGAGAGAUGACCUUAGCUCCCAGCUCCAAGAAUCACAGCGGGCAAACGAACGGAUUCUGGAACAGCUUCAAGUCCUAGGGCAGGAGAAAGAGCACACCAGUCGAGAACUGGAGGAGGCCCGGAAGAGUGCUGAAAAGAGGAAGGCCCUCCUGGAUGAGGUGGCAGCUGAAGCCCUACAGGAGAAGUCGAGGCACAAGGAAGAACUGGGCUCAGCCAGGCUGCAGGCGGAAAAGGAUGUGCUGGCAGUGAGGGCCCGCUAUGAGCGGGAGCUCCGGCAGCUUCACGAUGGCCGGCGGCGGCAAGAGGAAGAGCUCCGGGCCCAGAUCCGUGAAGAGAAGGCUCGGACUCGGGAGCUGGAGAGUUUACAGCAAAUGGUGGAGGAGUUGCGGGCCCAGUUGCAGUCUAUGGAAGGAGCCAAGGGCUGGUUCGAGCGGCGUCUGAAGGAGGCAGAGGAGGCCCUGGAGGAACAGCAUCAAGGGCAUGAGGAGAGCCUUCGAGCAGAGGAAGAGCGCCACAAGGCCGAGCUACAGCGCAUGGAGGAGGAGGUACAGGCAGUAGAGGGCCAGCUGCGGGAGGCUGAGGCCCUUCGUGCUGGGCACCUGGACACCAUCGCUCAACUACAGCAGGAGGUGAAGGAUGUGGCUGAUGGGCAGCGCAUUCUGGAGAAGAAGGGGAGUGCCUCGCUUAAGGACCUGAAACGGCAACUGCAGUUAGAGCGUAAGCGAGCCGACAAGCUGCAGGAGCGACUGCAGGAGCUGCUGACCAAUAGCAAGAGCCGUUCUGGCUUUGAGGAGCUGGUCCUGUCAGAGAUGAGUUCUCCUAGCCGGGCACAAACCGGGGACAGCAGCAGCAUCUCCUCCUUCAGCUAUCGGGAGAUCCUUCGGGAGAAGGAGGGCUCAGCUGCCCCUGCUCGGUCCUCCUCAGGGAGCCCCCCAGGCCCAGCAAGGCCUGCAGAGCUGUCGGACGAAGAGGUGGCCGAGCUCUUCGAGCGGCUGGCAGAGACCCAGCAAGAGAAGUGGAUGCUAGAGGAGAAGGUAAAACAUCUGGAGGUGAGCAGCGCCUCCAUGGCUGAGGACCUGUGCCGGAAAAGUGCCAUCAUCGAGACUUACGUCAUGGAC